GCGGGGGAGCAGCGCCUCGCCUGGGCUCCGGACGCCGCGGGGCUCCCGCUCCAGAUGCAGAAGCCAUGGAGUUGAGCUGCAGGGAAGUUCCUCUUUACGGGCAGAUGACAGUCUAUGCAAAGUUUGGCAAAAAUGUUUAUCUUCCUGAAGACGCGGAGUUUUACUUUAUUUAUGACGGAUCUCAACAGAGACACAUUGUGAUCGCAGAGCGCACAGAGGACAACGUGCUACAGUCCAGCAUUCCAGGCCACCGGCUGCAGGAGGUGGUGACAGUGUCUGUAUGCCUCUGCUCAGAAGGUUAUUCCCCAGUGACCAUGGGCUCCAGCUUGGUGACCUACGUGGACAACAUGGCCUGCAGGCUGGCCCGUUUGCUGGUCACCCAGGCCAACCGCCUCACAGCGUGUAGUCACCAGACCCUGCUGACACCGUUCGCCCUGACGGCGGGCGCACUGGCUGCGUUGGAUGAGGAGCUUGUGAUGGCGAUGACCCAGCUGGAGCUGCCUGCAGGGUGGACUGUCCUGGGCGACUCUUCACCUGAGGUGUCUCUACCCAGAGAGUCUCUUCUACACCUGGCUGUGAGAUGGGGGCUGGCUAAGCUUCCCCACUUCCUCUUAUGUCUCCCUGGGGGUGUCCAGGCCUUGGAGUUACCCAAUGAAGAGGGUGCCACGCCAUUAGACUUAGCCUCACGUGGCGGACACUCCAAGCUUGUGGAAGAGAUCACAAAUUUCCAGGGCCCACGUUCCCCAGGCUUCUCCCGGGCAAGGCUCAGUGAGGACGCUUCUCUGCAGUACGUGCACUCAUCAGACACGCUGACUCUGACCCUUAACCACACAGCUGGGCACUUGCUGGAGGCAGAUAUUAAACUCUUCCGAAAAUACUUUUGGGACAGAGCCUUUCUUGUUAAGGCUCUUGAGCAAGAAUCCAGGCCAGAGGAAAGACCAGCCAUGCCCUGUGGAGCUGCAGAAACUAAAGAAGAGAUUAAGAACUUGGUGUUGAGCGGAUCACCACCUGAAAAGGAAGAUGGGAAGUGUGUUGAAAGCCUGGCUGUUCAACUGAAUGAACAUGAGGACCAGGCCAGCCUAGAUGUAGGUCGCUCCUGUGAUGUCCUCAGGAAGCCCACAUAUCCCGCAGUGUUCCCCGGGGCAGGCCAGCUCUCCGACAACAUCCUGAAUGGGGGCGAAGAGGUCUAUGCCAACUGCAUGGUGGUAGAUCAGGUUGGCGAUUUGGAUAUCAACUAUAUUAACAUUGAAGGACUCUCAGCCCACACUGAACCUGACUCCAUGGGUUCAAAUCUGGGCUCCCACAGCUGCGAGCACCUGGAGCACCUGGUUCCUGCUCACACCCGCGCCAUCAUGUACUCACUCAGGGAGAAUGGCAACCUGGCCCUGCAUGCCGAAGCCCGGCAGUGCGUCCCCUCGCCGACCAGAGCAGGUCCUUGCAACUUGAAUAUUCCUUUCGGUCUUCAUGAGUUUGUAAUGGAACAAAGUUCUCUGAAGAAGAGAAGUUCCAGCCUUGAUGCCCUGGUUGCCAACAGUGAGGAGGAAGGAUGUUCUGAGCAGCCGCACACUUGCUCUAGUCCAGUGCCUCAGAGUCCCUCAGGAACUGGGCUUCCCAGUGGGGACGAAUUGGACUCUUUCGAGAGCAACAAUGAACCAUAUUUUAAUAUCUCCAGGACGGAAUCGCUUUCCCUAUCAAGUAAUCUUCAGCUGAAGGACACGUUGCUUUCUGGGAUUCGCUCACGUUCUUACUCGUGCUCAUCCCCUAAAAUUUCUUUGAGAAAAACGCGGCCAGGACGAGAUUUUGCAGUGUGCAAUUCAGGGGAAGGGCAAAGAGCUUAUAGCCUAUCGGAGCCACCCGGAGAGAAAAGAAUUGAGGAAGAGGAAUGGGAUAAAUUCAUCAUUCCUGCCAAAUCAGAGUCUGAAAAGUAUAAAGUGAGCCGAACUUUCAGCUUCCUCAUGAACAGGAUGACUAGCCCUCGGAAUAAAUCCAAGAUGAAAAACAAGGAUGCCAAAGACAAAGAGAAACUCAAUCGACAUCAGUUUGUUCCAGGAACACUCUCUGGGGCUCUGCAGUGUGUGGCGUGUGAUAAGACACUCCUGGGGAAAGAGUCACUCCAGUGUUCUAACUGUAAUGCAAAUGUUCAUAAGGGUUGUAAAGAUGCCCUGCCUCCAUGUAUCAAGAAAUUCCAAGAGAAAUACAACAAGAACAAACCACAGACCAUCCUUGGAAGUUCUUCAGCUAGAGACAUCCCACAGCCUGGUCUCUCCUUGCACUCUUCAUCUUCUAUGCCUGUUGGACUCCCAGCUCCGAGGAAGGAACCCUCAGGGCAGGUGCCUCUGCUAUCCAGAAGCGUUCCAAGUACCACCCUGGAAAGCUUCAGGAGGUCAACCACAUCCUUAGAGUCUGAGGGUGAUGGGAACAACUGGCGAAGCAGUUCUCACUCCGAUGAGCUGCUGCAGUCCAUAGGCUCCUCUUCCUCCAUGGAGACUUUCAUCAUAGAAGAUGUCAUGGACUCUUCCCUGUGGAGCGACCUCAGCAGCGAGGCCCAGGAGUUUGAAGCGGAGUCAUGGAGCAUGGUGGUGGACCCCUCGUUUUGCAGUCGGCAUGAGAAGGAUGUUAUCAAAAGGCAAGAUGUUAUUUUUGAGCUAAUGCAAACAGAAAUGCAUCACAUCCAGACCCUGUUCAUCAUGUCUGAGAUCUUCAGGAAAGGCAUGAAGGAGGAGCUGCAGCUUGACCACAGCACCGUGGAUAAGAUUUUCCCCUGUUUAGAUGAGUUGCUUGAAAUCCACAGGCAGUUCUUCUACAGUAUGAAGGAGCGCAAGCAGGAAUCCUGUGCUGGGAAUGACAGGAAUUUCGUGAUCAACCGGAUUGGAGAUAUUCUGGUACAGCAGUUUUCAGAGGAAAAUGCAAGUAAAAUGAAAACAAUAUAUGGUGAAUUCUGCAGCCAUCAUAAGGAAGCUGUUAGCCUCUUCAAAGAACUCCAGCAGAAUAAAAAGUUUCAGAACUUUAUCAAGCUCCAAAAUAGUAAUCUUUUGGCUCGACGCCGAGGAAUUCCAGAAUGCAUCCUUCUGGUCACCCAGCGCAUCACGAAAUACCCCGUUUUGGUGGAAAGGGUGCUGCAGUACACAAAGGAAAGAACCGAGGAACAUAAGGACUUAUGCAAAGCUCUUUGCUUAAUUAAAGAUAUGCUUGCAGCUGUGGAUCUAAAAGUUAGCGAGUAUGAGAAAAACCAGAAAUGGCUUGAGAUCCUGAAUAAGAUUGAAAACAAAACCUACACGAAGCUCAAAAACGGCCACGUGUUCAGAAAGCAGGCACUGAUCAGUAAAGAAAGGACACUGCUAUACGACGGCCUUGUUUACUGGAAAACUGCUACAGGCCGCUUUAAAGAUAUCCUAGCUCUACUUCUAACUGACUUGCUGCUCUUUUUACAAGAAAAAGACCAGAAAUACAUCUUUGCAGCUGUGGAUCAGAAGCCAUCAGUUAUUUCCCUGCAGAAGCUCAUUGCUAGAGAAGUUGCUAAUGAGGAGAGAGGAAUGUUUCUGAUCAGUGCUUCAUCCGCUGGUCCCGAGAUGUAUGAAAUCCACACCAACUCCAAGGAGGAACGGAAUAACUGGAUGAGGCAGAUCCAGCAGGCCGUAGAAAGUUGCCCGGAAGAAGAAGGGGGAAGGACAAGUGAGUCUGAUGAGGAGAGGCGGAAGGCUGAAGCCAGAGCGGCAAGAAUCCAGCAGUGUCAAGAAAUACUCAGUAACCAGGACCAGCAGAUCUGCACGUAUCUGGAGGAAAAGCUGCACCUCUAUGCUGAACUUGGGGAACUGAGUGGCUUUGAGGACGUCCACCUGGAGCCCCACCUCCUCAUUAAGCCUGACCCGGGAGAGCCCCCCCAGGCCGCCUCCUUACUGGCUGCAGCACUGAAAGAAGCGGAAAGUCUGCGCAUCGCAGUGAAGGCCUCGAAGCUGCAUGGUGUGAGUCACUCCUCCAAGGACACUGGUGCAGAGUCUGCCUCGAGGGGUGCGCUGGGCUCUGACGACGUCCCAGGCUCGCCUGCUGCCUCACCAGCCACGGAAGGGACGGAAGGAAGAGGCUGCUGGGAUGUGGAUCCCGGGAUCCAGGGCGUGCUAACCCGCUUGGCAGCCUCCGAUGCGGGGGAGAAGGUGGAGCGUCGAAGUUUCCCAGGGUCUUCCCAGGCAGAGAUUGUACAAGCUAUACAGAACUUAACUCGUCUCUUAUACAGCCUUCAGGCUGCCUUGACCAUCCAGGACAGCCACAUCGAGAUCCACAAACUGGUCCUCCAGCAGCAGGAGAGCCUGGCCCCUGGCCACUCUUUCCUGGGCGGCCCCUUCCAGGACCAGGAGAAGUCGCACAGCCUGGAGAAGCAGCGUGAAGAGCUGGCCGACGUCCACAAGCUCCAGCACCAGCUGCAGCAGGAACAGAGGCGCUGGCUGCGCACCUGCGCGCAGCAGCAGCGGGAGCAGGAGGCCAAGGAGAGCUGGCUGCAGGCGCGGGAGCGGGAGUGCCAGUCGCAGGAGGAGCUGCUGCUGCGGAACCGCGGCGAGCUGGAGCACCAGCUGCAGGAGUACCGGCAGAACCUGGAGCGGCUGAGAGAGGGCCAGCGCCUGGUGGAGCAGGAGAAGGAGAGGGUGAGAGCGCAGCAGGGCCUGCUGGGCCCCUGGAGGCACAGUCGGCAGCGGAGCCUCCCUGCAGCCUUCCCUUCCUGCCCAUCUGGGAGCGAGGAGGUAAUGGAACUUAAUCGAUCUGAGAGUUUGUGUCAUGAAAAUUCAUUCUUCGUCAAUGAAGCUUUAGUACAAAUGUCACUUAAUACUUUCAGUAAGCCGAAUCCAUCAGGUACCUACCAAGAUGUCACCUGCUUUACACACAUUCCCAGCUCUGAUUUGGUAAGGACUAGUGAAAAUCAAAUAGACUUCAAGACAGACAGUUGUCAGCCUUCAGAUGUCAACCAUGAACUGUGGACAGCCGCCGGGCCUUGCCAUCAGAUACCUCCUCUCCAGGACAGCAACAAGGAUUCUUGUCAAAAUGAUCUUGACACCUCCUGGGCAAAGUCUGCAGCCCUCCAGGACUCAGAUCCAUACUGCCCUCAGCUGCAGACGUUUAUAGCAGAAGCAAAGCAAAAUCUAUCGACGCUGGUCUUGCAAGAUGGGCAAGCUGAUGAUAGAGCAGAAGAAGAUAUUGUUUACCUCUAAUUGUGUUGUCAUUAUUUUACCAAACAAACCCAGCUCUGGCACUUUUGGGAGAACCUUUCUUCCCCCUUCCUUCUGUGUGUGACCAAGCCCAAAUUGCUUUAAGAAUACUAUUUACUUGGCCUGCAUCUAAUAUUUAAAUUAUUGAAAACAGCUCUGUAUAAUCUUUAACUUAUCAUACCUACUUUCAGGUUUCUGGAGGGGAAACUAACUUGAAUAAGCAGGAGUGCAUUAAACGUUUCUUUGACUUUAGAGUAAAAUUCCAUAUUGCAUUUUAUAUGCGGUCACCUGGAUUUGGAAAUCAAUGGCUUUUAAAAUGGAGAUGAAGCAAUUUGGGUUUAAAGAGUGAUCUUCACAAGGGAUGACCUUUCACUGUCACGGCAGUUGGUUGUUGGUAUCCAAAAAGGCACAGGCGGCUAUGGGGAAGGCCUUUCCUCAGCUUGCUUCCCUGUGUCCAUCUCUUUGGGCAUCAGAGAUAGAGAUCUGUCACCAUCACCAUCCUGUCAGUAUGUCCUGGUGGGCACCUCUUCUGGCCCUGUAGCCACCAUCCCAGGAAUACAGUCUGCAGGUGGUAAGGACUGGAGCUACGUGCUGAGACACACUGUCUUUGUCCUAACACUGGUGAGAUCUCAUGGCAGCGGUCACAGAAUCCUUCAACCCAGAGCUCCCUGGAGACAUUUGUGAUAUGAACAGUGAAACUCCUGAAAACCUCCACUUCCAUCAGCCAGGCUGUCUCUGCUGCCCCCUGGACCACGAGCGACUAUCACGCGCAAAGGAAGCCUUUCCUUUGUGACAGACACACUCCCAGUGAGCUUGCUGCUGGAGCGCCUUCCCCACAGAGGACACCUGGCUGGCCCUGCCUUUAAACCAGGAGAUGUUUUCAUUAUGUUCUUAAGAAAUAUUUGUAUAUGUUUUGGUCAGUGUCAAUAAAUACCUUUUACGUCAUUA